UCCAGUGUCCGGUCUCCUGUGUAUAAAAUCCCCCACCACCUCUGGCCAUUGGCCAUCCAUCCGACCAUCCCCCAGGCCUCCACUGCACGCCUAUCAGAUUGGCGCGAGACCACCACUGCCAAAGAGUGGGAGAGUCACUCAACUCAACAGAGCACCGAGCCGCAGCCUCUUCUCUUUGCUCUGUACUGUGGUUUUGUGGUGGUGGUGGUGGUGGUGAACUGGUGAUGGCGAUGGAGUACACCUCUAAGAAGAAGGCUUUGCUCGUCCUCUUCAUGUUCUCUUGCCUUCUUGUUCCCAUGGCUUCCUCCGCGGCGCCUCUGUCCAGAAGCCUGUCCCUGACGAACAACCGGGUCCCGGAGCCUGCCGUUGUGGAGGUCCCUCUUCAGGGUGAAGAGCGAAACCUCGGCGAGGUGGCGGCGAGGAUGGACAUCGAAGUCAACGACUACCCUGGGUCCGGCGCCAACAACCGCCACGAACCCAGGAGCCCCGGGAGAGCUUGAAGCCUCUGCGCACGUCUCGGGGAAGAAGAAGGAGAAGAAGGAGAAGGAGGAGGAGGAGGAGGAGAAGAAGAGCACGGGAUCUUGAGAGUUUCGAUCGGUAGGAGUACUCCUAGCUAUAACUAUAUGCUGUAGAGGUUAACGAGUCUUGUCGUCCGUCUCGUCGGUAGCGAUCGAUCGAGCCUGAGCUAGCGUGUUAGGGCCGGGUCGUCGCCACCCACUGUCAGGUCGAUCAAGUAGUGGCUAGAACCGGUGUAGCUGGCUGCACCUCUCGAUCGACGGGAGAGAAAGAAGUUUUCAAGUCUUUCUACGCGCGUGUGUGUAUGUCUUCAUGUAAGCUCAAGUAUGUCAGUGUCGUUUGUGACUCUGUUUGGCAUUGUACAUGUUUGUUUUAGCGCGCUACUCGAUGUCAACGUACA